AUGCAUGCAUUCACCACUACCGCUGCCGGCGCUCUUGCCGUCCUCUCUCUCGUUCAAUUCUGCCCUGCUCCCCCAGCCGUCAUCGCUGCCGUUGCCGGUGGUCUCGGUGGAGGUGCCAUCUCCGGAGGCAUUGCCGCAGGAACUAAGGACCACAAGCGUGGCUUGCCUGCUGGUGUUUCCCAGGAAGCUCUGGACGUGUGUAUCCAGCAGAUCAACGACCAGGGAACUGCUGUGAAUGUCUACAGCACCGGUGAUGAUUCCGCUCGUGCCGACAACGUUCCUCCCGCCUGCAUGAACCUGGCCACCGUUCUUCUCGACAAACCUGCACAGGCUGGUGGCCCCGUUCCCGUUCCCAUGGGCAGUGCCAGCCUCGAGUACCACGGUCUUACUGCUCAGGACAAGCAGGAUCUUCAGGCUGCUCUGUCUGGUUAA